AUGGCGGUGAACGAGAUUUUCCUUCUCUUUGAGUCGGCGCCCGGCCUGCUCUUGGCCCGCGUCAAAGGAUGGGACCAGAUAGCCCAGGACACGGACGCAGUCCAGGAGGCGUGCCUCGACUUUGGCCGCUUCAAACAAGUGGUCGAAGCGAUCGCCUUCCACCCUUUCUCAGAUGCAGAAGAAGCGAUGGAAGUCCAACUCGCCAUCACGAAUGGGACGAGCUGCGCGUCGCUGGUGAACUUUUUGAACUUUAACCUUCCGUCGUCUCUGAAGAAGAAGAAAGGCGCCGACACAGUCGACGGCUCGGCGGCCCGAGCAAAGAGCCAGGCGGCGGUGGGCGUGUGUGACCCCGCUCUGGGGAAGAGUUUGGCGGACGCCGGAUUCCAAAUUGUGUUCAACUCCAACAUUCAGGAGUUGCACAGAGGCUGCCGCCAGCACAUGAAGAAGCUCGCGAAACAGCUGGGCGAGCUCCCGAUAGAAAAGUUCCAAGUCGGUCUCGGGCACAGCUACAGCCGGUCGAAGAUGCAGGAGGACCCGAGGAAACAGGACAAACCCAUCAUGCAGUCGAUUGCUCUGCUCGACAGCCUGGACAAAAACAUCAACGCGUUCGCGAUGAAGCUCAAGGAAUGGUACGGAUGGCACUUCCCCGAACUCGUCAAGAUUGUCGGCGACGCUGAGGCGUACUGCCGCGUCCUCAAGGUGGUCCAGAUGAAGGAACAGUUCGACGCGCAGGCGCAAGGCGAGGAGUUGCUCGAGGCGUGCGGAGGGAGCGAGGAAAUCCGCGACGAGGUCGUUGCGGCAACCAAGCACUCGAUGGGCCAGGAGAUCGGAGAAGCGGAUUUCGUCAACAUCAUCCGGUUUGCUGACCAGGUGCUACGUCUCUGUGAACAGCGACGAAACCUCCAGGACUACCUCUCCACGAAGAUGGAUUUCGUUUCGCCCAACCUCAAGGCGGUGGUGGGCGAGGUUCUCGCUGCGCGCCUCAUCUCACAUGCAGGUGCCCUCGUCAACCUGGCCAAGUACCCCGCCUCCACCAUCCAAAUCCUCGGAGCUGAAAAGGCGCUCUUCCGAGCCCUCAAGUCGAAGAACGGACGGACCCCGAAGUACGGACUCCUCUUUCACUCCUCCUUUAUCGGUCGAGUUCAGAAGCAACAGCAUCGCGGCCGCAUGAGCAGAUACCUGGCCUCCAAAUGCGCCCUGGCGGCUCGUAUCGACGCCUUCGCCGACGAGGAAAGUCCAGAAUCUGCCGACGGCGUGCGGUCGAACGUCUACGGCGUCAAACUGAGAGAACAGCUGGAGGAGAGACUCAAAUACCUCGCGGACGGCAUUGUGCCGCGGAAGAACCUCGACGUCAUGCGAGAAGCGGCCUCGGAGCUCCAGACCCAGGCGACUGCAGCGGCGGCGGAGAAGAAGAAAAAGAAGAAGAGGAAGCACGAGGAGAAGGAGGAGACCAAUCCGAUGAUGGACGUUGAGCAAGAGAGCGGAGAGAAGAAGAAAAAGAAGAAGAAGAAGCACGCCAAGCCUGCAGAGGACGGCGAAGACGUGGACGGCGAGGAAGCGGCGGCGCCUGCCGAAAACAUGGGCACAGAGAAGAAGAAGAAAAAGAAGAAGGCGCAUGUUGACGCUGAGCUUUAG